UGUUCAACAGUUGACUAGUUGACUAGACUACAUUGUUGUUGUUAACUUUAUUGAAGUCAGUUGCCGGCGAAGAAUUAUAGUGUAAAACUUUUCUAAUAUAUAAUAUCAUUACACUAUAAGUAAUGGGGAUAGAAAACUUUCAGAUUUUAUUAGAUAACCCAAGUGGUAUAUACUAUGGUGGUUCUGUAGUAUCUGGAAAAUUAAAAUUUAAUCUGGAUAAACCUAAGAAAAUAAGAGGUGUAAAAAUUCAUUUUCUUGGAGAAGCCAGUGUUUCAUUCCGAGGGACUAGAUCAGCCUCCGGGUCAGAUUCAAGAAAUAAGCAAGUUACCUUCCGUGGUACAGAAGAAUACUUUUCCACAAAGUACUAUCUGACGGGUAGCUCUAACAGUGAAAUGGAGCUUCUGCCAGGAGAGUAUGAGCAUCCGUUCACCACGACUUUGCCGCCUGUACUGCCUUCAUCUUUUGAGAGUGAAUAUGGCGAUAUUCAAUAUUCAGUUAAAGGUGUGGUUGAUAUUCCCUGGGAAAUUGAUGACACGGUGGAGACAACAUUCAGCAUAAUGACUAAUGUUGAUCUCAACAACAUCGCAGAAGCUAAGUUGCCAGUAAAACAAGAAGUGGAAAAGACGUUCUGCUGCCUUUGGUGUCGCUCGGGCCCUCUAACGAUGGUCCUGAACUUGCCACAUGCUGGAUAUGUGCCAGGCCAGAACAUCCCUGUGAUCCUGGAGGUGGACAACGCGAGUGACGUGGAUGUGGACAAUGUUGUCAUAAAGUUACAGAAGAUUAUAGAAUGUAAGGCUAAUGUGCCUGAGUACAGAACGAAGACAGACUAUGAGGACCUGGUUGAAAUUUCACUGGGUGGCGUCAACAGCAAUGACUCAAAGACAUUCACUCAACAAUUCUCAGUGCCUGUGGUGCCUGUAUUCAACCUGCAACGGUGUUCCAUCAUCACUUGUGACUACGUUUUCAUGGUGAUAGCAGAAACAGGUAGCUGCCAUGCCGAUCUGACCGAUGAGGUGCCUGUGUUUCUGGGUAGCGUGCCACUGUACCAGGCUGGAGGAGCACUUCCUCCUGUAGAUUCCUCUGUGCCCUUACAACAAUCCUACAGUCCUACCAUGCCUAUGAUACAACCACCCUUCAAUCCUUCUAUGCCGACAGCACAACCACCAUUCAAUUCCACUAUGCCGAUGGCACAACCGCCUUUCAAUCCUUCUAUGCCAAUAGCACAACCGCCUUUCAAUCCUUCUAUGCCAACAGCACAACCACCAUUCAAUUCCACUAUGCCGAUGGCACAACCGCCUUUCAAUCCUUCUAUGCCAAUAGCACAACCGCCUUUCAAUCCUUCGAUGCCAACAGCACAACCGCCUUUCAAUCCUUCUAUGCCAACAGCACAACCGCCUUUCAAUCCUUCUAUGCCAAUGCCACAACCUAUGCCCUUACCACAGAACCCAUCUGAACCUCUCCAAAUGCCUUCUUUCAAUCCCCCAAUGCCUAUGCCACAGCCUACCUCUGAUCCUUCAAUGCCAUUGCUGCAAUCUUCCGUUAGCCCUUCCAUGCCUUUGCCACAAGCUGCAUUAAACGCCUCAAAUCCUUCAGCAGAAUCUUCCUCCAAUUGUCUCACUCCUCUUUUGCCAAAACCAGACAUGCCCACGGCUCCCCCACCCACUCAGGCUGGCUGGACCCAAUAAGAAUUUAUUACUGAUUUUGAUGUUCAAACUUUUGCCUCCAAGUCACAGAUGUCUUUGUAUGAGUCAAUUUCUGUACACACACACAAGGAUAGGACAAUCCCCUUUUAAGCCUUAUUCUGUCCAUCCUCAUGUUCAUGGCUUUUUCGAGGAUCUUAUCAAACAGAAUAAGGGGGAGAGUCGAUACAGUACACAGGUUGAUGGAAUUGAUAAAAAAGUGCUACGGUCACCAACAGAAUUUGAACCUGCGCUAUCAAAACCUCAGAUCGAAAGUCUGACGUCUUAGACCACUUGGCCAUCGACACUCCCAAAGUAUUACUGUUCUGAAAGAUACUCUUGAAGUAAGAUUACUUAACAUACUGCUUCUAUGAAAUAUUUCUCAAAAAGUUUAAACCGGUGUUUAUAUUUUCAAUGGUAAGCAUCUUUAUAAAAUGAAACCUAUCACAAGGAAUUAUGUAUGUUCAUAAGUUUAUCUCUAAGGGAAAAAAAAUCAAUUACUGUAAACUUUUGUUGGCUGUGAGAUAGAAAAAGGUUAUUAAUUUUUUUAAGUCGCCAAUGCAUCAAAACAUAUUACAACAUAGAUAGAGUUAGUGACUUGUUCAAUAGUUUUGACUAAAUGUCAAAAGUCUGAGAGGCCUUAAACCUACCCAGUAUUUCUCCUCUUGAUUUUUUUGUGCUCCAAAGUUUAACUUUGACUGAAAGAUCUCAGAUUUUAAAAUUGAACAGAUUCAAAGAAAUGCAAUAGAAAACCUUUGGUAGUUGUAAGAAUUAAAAAUAAAUCAGAAAUAAAAACAGCAUUUGGUAGCUGGAGAGUACUUCUCUGAGGAUUACAUUCUAAGUCUCAAAUUCUUAGCCAAACCAUUUAUCAUUAUUAUUCCAUUCUUGGUACUCUUUAAAACAGAACUCGUGAAUUGAAAUAUAAAAAUAUGUUUCAAAUUAAAUGCACCACUGGUGCGGGAAUUUUUUUUUUAGAGUAUACGAAUAAACAGGGUCUUAGUUAAUCUAGUCUUUGGUAUUUGACAAUACUCACAAUGUAAUAUUUAGUUUAUGACAUUUACUUAUGAAAUAUUCAUGUGGUCACUUGAAUCCUAUUUCAAAUGAUACAAUGGAGAUAUUUUUUAUGUUGAAUUUCAUAUGGUAUCCACCACUUAAUUUCUUUAAUUCUUACGUGCUGAUAUAGAAUAUAUACUAUAUGAAAUUAAACAUUGACAUUUCUGAAAAAUCUGUAUAUUAUGAGAAAACUAAAUGAAAAAUAAUUUGAUUUGGCUAUGUUUUGGGGAUUAAAUAGAAGUUGAUUUUUGUUCAGUGUCAUAAUAAAUUUUACAAUAUAACUUGAAAAUUGUGAUAAAAGACUGUAGUCACUUAACGAGAGAAGAUGAUAGGUGGAAGUGUAUCUCCUCAUUUACAAUGCCAUACUAUUUGGAUGGGUUUUUAUUUCACAACACAAAGUUCAAGAUGUUCUUAAGCUAUUUUAUUAACAAUAUAUACAUUAUUGUGGUGCUUGUAUUUAGAUAGUGAUUUUUUCACAGAUAAAUUUUGUAAAAUAUUGUAUUUAAAAUGUAUUUUACUGGUCAGUUUUACAAUGUUGUAUGAGUCUUUAUUCAGCAACACUCAUUAUACUCGUAUUUCUGCAAGUUAGUGCAAAAUAAUUAAAUUGUACUUAUGUUUAAGAAUUAAUUUUUUUUCUAUUUUUCUCAUGUACAGGUAGACUUAGUAAUGUUCUGAACUAUUUUUAUGUUACUUUUAAUUAGACCUAAUAUUUUGUCAGUGUAAAAUAUUCAUAUUUUUCAGACCAGCCCCAAUAAAAUGAAACAUAAUUUCCUUUCAUAUGUUUUGAAAACGAACAUUUAGAAUCCAGCACUAAAUGAAUUUGUAUUUUAUUGUGAUUGGAUUAUUGUUCUAAUAAUUUUUUCUGUCAGUUUAAGUUUAACCCUGUGUUGGUCAUGCACUGUCCUUGAUUCCGCUAUGCUGGAAUUUGUUAUGCUAUUCUUGUUGGGGUUGGCAACAUGCAACGUGCUUUUGUCUAGAGUUCUAGAACCCACUCCAUGGCGUAAAAGCAGUGUUUGGUGUGACCUUGUAAGCAGUGGAGGGGUUUUGUUUACAGCCUGGUCUGCCAUUCCGGCGCGCUACCCCGGUUUUCGAGACCGUGCAUGACUGUUCGUGUUUGUGUGUUCCCGGACUUAUGAACCG